UGUGAUGGGAGAGGAUAUUGGCUCUAAAGAUGCUCUGCAUCCAGAGGUUGCAACAUCCGAGAGCCACAUUGGUUGGCAUUCCUGCAUGGGAAUCUUGUCAGCAGAGAUAGACUCCAUGGAAUUUGAAUUGGAGCCCUUUGGAGGUAUUCUUUCUGAGGCUGCGCAACAAAUGGUAAUGAUGAUCGGGAAGGUUCCCUUUCUCAUUCAAAAAUGCCUACUUUUCUUGAUUUCAACAAUAAGGAUUCAGUGGAGCAUUUUGGUAUUCGGGCUUGUAAUUCUGUUGACUCUUCAGCACUUGAGGCAUGUGAUGCUGCAGAGCCUCAAACUUGUCCUGAUGCUCAUAUAAACCGAGAUACAGUUACUUGUAGGGAAGCUUGUGUUUCUAACAAUGGUGUAGAUAUUCAGAUUAAUAAUGGAAGGUCGGAAACAGAGUUUCAGGAAGCUGGGGCCUUUUCUGGCAUGGAAGAUCUAGAUUUUAUGUCUCAGGCCAAUAUUCCAUUUGGACUGCAUACUGGCAAGUUUCGACCCAAGCCCAAGAUGAAAACAAGAAAGGAGAAACCUAGUACUGACAUCUCUCACCCAGAAGUUGAGUCUGUUAUGCAUUCACAAGCUCCUGAGUUGGUUCCUUCUGACACCGGAUACGCGAAUGUGGACUCAGUUCCUGCCUUCCCGGCUGACGAUUUACAAGAUAACUCAAUGAGGUUUGAUGAUUUUAUUACAUUGGACCCAACCUCUGAAAUUUCAAUGAACGAAGAUUCAAUAAAUCUUUCCAAAACUUCUUACUCCGAUUGCCCUGUUCCGAGGGAUAUUCUGCAUUCAGAGGAUGUUCCUGAAAUUCUAACGGAACUGGAUUCUAACUGUAGAAGAGGAGAAGCUUCUACAUCAUCGGAUCUUCUUCAAAAAUGCAAAAGAUCUGCUACAGCUGAUGAAGAGAACAAUGAUGACAAAUCGUUGAGAAAUCUAAACAAUGAUGGCAAAUCGUUGAGAAAGCUAAGGAAAAAAGUAUCUUUUCAACUUAUCGAUGAGCCAGAUGGUGAGGCUAAUGAAAAUGGGGGCUUCUCUAGUGAGCCUCCCACUGAUUCUAAUAUAGGCGAAGUUGAGGAUGGUGAUGAUGACGAUGAAUAUAGAGUGGAAAGUGAUGAUGAAUUUAGAGUGGAAAGUAUGUCCCAGAAGAAAAGGGCUCCAAGAAAGUCAAAGAAAUCUGGGGUUGAAAAUGGUAAACCCGUACAAAAGCGCAAGAGGGCCAAUGAAGCUGCGGACCAGUUGACCAAAGAACCUCCCAAAAAAUUUUCUCAUUCAACUCGUCGAAACAGGAGAUGUGUGGAUAAGGUUUUACUUGAAACACCAGAGGAUGAAAUUGACCCUCAAAGGUUGCCUAUCAAGGAUCUCAUUUUGCUUGCUGAGUACAAGGAGCGACUAGCGAGCAAAGAGGCAGAAACGUCAAAAACACCCUUGACCAAUUUAAGGUCUUACAAUUCCUUCCCUGAGGAAUCAUCUUACAAUAGAGAGGCUGCUUUUGUUUCAGAACAAGGCAGAGGUUCUGAUGAUGAUCAACCAAGUUAUGAGGUUCCAACUAACCCUUUCAUUAAUUACCAGUCUUUCAUGGACAAAACUCCCAGUACAAGAUGGUCAAAACAAGACACAGAACUGUUCUAUGAGGCUGUUCGGCAGUUCGGGACAGAUUUUGCUAUGAUACAACAACUUUUUCCUGGUCGAACUCGUCAUCAAGUCAAGUUGAAAUUUAAGAAGGAAGAGCGUCAAUAUCCAUUACGGCUUUCUGAAGCCCUAACCAGUCGUGCUAAAGAUCAUUCCCAUUUCCAGUUGGUGAUUGAGCGGUUGCAACAAGCUUCUCAGGCGGAAGAUGCUUAUGUAGAUGACGUGGUUGGAAGGACAGGCAAGGAGGAGGAGGAGGAGAUAGUGGAAUUGACUACUCAAGCGAAGGAGGAAGUGGCAAAACCUGAGCAGGAUGGGGAAGUAGUUGUUGAAGAUCAGGAAGCAGAUUUGGGUGAAGUUCAUAGUCCUGCCAAGUCUGAUGCAGGCGAUGAUAACCUCUAUGACUGGAGUCAAUAUAAAAGUGAUUAUUAGCAAUAAAAAAAAUACACAAUCUAUUUGUUUUUUUUUUUUUUUAAAUUUUUAUUCUAAUUAAAGUAAAGCAGCCUGUACAGCAGCACUCUGACACAUGAAACCGCCCAUUGCUUCUUGUAAGAGUGAUCAAUUCUUGUCUGAAAAUGCAAACAUUUUAUCGUUUCCAUC